UUCUACUUUGGUGGCAAAAUUGCUGUUUAGCAAUGAUUAGACAUUAGAAUGUCAUUAUAUACUCUCUUUUUUAUACCUUCAAAGCACCUAUUUUCUCAGAGGUGAUGAAGUAACUGAUAACACAUAAUUCAUGAAAAGUUGGCUUAUUUCUCAUCUGGUUGAUUGAAGAAGUUUGAUUAACUACUUGAGGUGAAAUAUGAGUGCAGCAGUAUUAGUUGCAAUUGCUGCAACAGUUGGAGAUUUGCUGUAUGGAUGGGAUAAUGCUACUAUUGCUGGGGCUGUAUUAUAUAUUAAGAAAGAGUUCAACUUGGAGAGUUCUCCAACCUUGGAAGGGUUAAUUGUGGCCACAUCAAUAAUUGGAGCCACUCUUAUUACAACAUGUUCUGGACCGAUUGCAGAUCGUCUUGGUCGUCGCCCUAUGAUGAUAAUUUCCUCAGUUUGUUUCUUUGUUAGUGCCUUAAUAAUGUUGUGGUCUCCCAAUGUUUAUGUUUUACUCUUCGGUCGGCUAUUAGAUGGAUUUGGAAGUGGUUUGGCAGUCACUCUUGGUCCUCUUUAUAUAUCAGAGACCGCUCCAACUGAUAUAAGAGGCUCACUGAACACACUUCCUCAGUUUACUGGUUCUGGUGGAAUGUUCCUCGCAUACUGCAUGGUUUUCGGGAUGUCAUUGAUGGAAACACCUAGCUGGAGAUUAAUGCUUGGGAUUCUUUUUGUUCCAUCUACUGUUUAUUUUCUAUUAACUGUAUUCUUCUUACCUGAGUCUCCUCGCUGGCUUGUUAGCAAAGGACGGAUGAAUGAGGCUAAAAAGGUUCUUCAAUGGUUGCGAGGCAGGGAAGAUGUCUUUGCUGAGAUGGCUCUCCUUGUUGAGGGUCUUAGAGUUGGAGGUGAUACAUCAAUAGAGGAAUACUUGAUUGAGCCAGAUGCUGGACUCGCUGAGGAUCAAGAUCCGAUGACUGUCAAAGAUCAGGUUAGGCUGUAUGGGUCCGAAGCAGGCUGCUCCUGGGUUGCCAGACCAGUCACUGGUCAGAGUAUGCUGGGUAUUGCAUCUCGGCAGGGAAGCAUGCAGAGUCCUAGUGUUCCUUUAAUGGAUCCCCUUGUAACUCUUUUUGGUAGUGUACAUGAAAAGCUUCCAGAACAAGGAAGUAUGCUUAGUGUCAUAUUCCCAACUUUUGGUAGUAUGUUUAGUAUGGGAGGGAAAGAGCCCAAAAAUGAAGAGUGGGAUGAUGAAAAUACUAUUGGGGAUGAUGAUGAUUAUGGUCAUGACGAUGAAGAUUAUGCAGGUGAUGCUGAUGAAGAUGACAAUUUACGUAGUUCACUUAUAUCUCGUCAGGAUACAGGUCCAGACAAAGCCAUGGUUGCUCCUACUUCAGGUAGCAUGUUCAGCAUGAAGCAUAGUAGUUGGUUACAAGGAAGCGAAGCUAGUGGUAUUGGUGGUGGUUGGCAGUUAGCUUGGAAAUGGAGCGAGAGAGAAGGCUUGGAUGGUACGAAGGAAGGAGGAUUCAAAAGACUUUAUCUACAUCAGGAAGGUGAUGCUGGAUCUAAACGAGGCUCUGUUAUUUCUCUUGCUGGUGGUGAGGUUAUUGGCGACAAUGAGUAUGUGAAGGCUGCUGCACUAGUAAGUCAACCUGCCCUUUAUUCGAGGGAUUUCAUGGAUCGGGAUAGUAUUGGUCCAGCUAUGGUUCACCCUUCCGAGGCUUCUGCAAAAAGGCCUAGUUGGAGGGAUUUUUUAGAGCCUGGUGUCAGGCGUGCAUUAGUUGUUGGUGUCGGACUUCAACUUCUUCAACAGUUUGCUGGGAUAAAUGGCGUUCUGUAUUAUACUCCUCAAAUACUAGAGCAAGCUGGGGUGGGUGAUCUUCUUUCGCAUAUGGGUAUAGGCGCUUCCUCUGCAUUGUUACUCAUCAGUGCACUCACAACUCUUUUGAUGCUUCCUGCUAUAGCUGUUGCAAUGAGGCUUAUGGAUCUUUCUGGGAGAAGGACUUUGCUACUAACCACAAUUCCGGUGUUGUUCUUAUCGCUCGUUGUCUUAAUACUCGCAAAUGUCAUAAAGAUGAACACCACUGUGUAUGCAGUGGUCUCCACAGUCGCGGUAGUUCUCUACUUCUGCUUCUUUGUGAUGGGGUUUGGGCCUAUCCCAAAUAUCCUAUGUGCAGAAAUUUUCCCAACCAAGAUUCGUGGAGUCUGUAUUGCUAUUUGUGCACUUACUUUCUGGAUCUGUGAUAUCAUAGUCACCUACACACUCCCUAUGAUGCUUAAAGCUGUUGGACUUGCUGGUCUCUUUGGCUUCUAUGCUGUUGUGAUUUUAAUUGCAUGGAUAUUUAUAUUUUUGAAGGUUCCUGAAACCAAGGGCAUGCCCCUUGAGGUAAUCACUGAGUUCUUUGCUCUCGGUGCAAGACAAGCAAGCCACUGAUGACAAGAACUGAGUUUAAGUUUUUAAUAGGUAAUUAUUGAUCGAUCAUUUUAUAUAGUUCCUGAUCCGUAAGAAUCAAAUUAUAUGAUCCAUCGUGAUGAAUUUUCUUGAUGAGACCCGUUGAGGCCUCAUUAUUUCGAGAUCAAAUUUCUGCAGCCAGUUCGCGCUAUGAGAGUUUGAUCGUGUUAUUUCUUCGUGAUCCUUGUUCAAAUUUCUGCAGCUAGUUUGUGGUAUAAGAGUUUGAUCAUGGUCAUUUAGUUUGGUGUACUAGUGUCUUUGGACGACCAGAAGUUGCAAACUGUUUUGGUGAUAUUUUGCUUGCUUGCUUGCUCAAGUACAUUAUUGUGCGUGGUGUUCGAGCAUCAAGCCACUUCUACCAUUGGUUUGAGAUAUCGACAGCAAGUUUUCGAGUUCAUAAGUUGAGUUACUACUCCAAGACUUUUCUUUCAUCUGAAAUAAGUUCAAAUUGCAAAUGAUUGUUCCACCAUUUCCAGUUUGAGGUCUUGAGGGGGUAUUGAAGUUUAUGGUUUAGAUGUAUUGGAGUUCAUAAGUUGAGUUAGUUUGUUCACAAGUUAGUUAGUAGCUUCAUUAGUUAAGUUAAUUGAUUGUCUUGUAAUAUAAAUAUAUAGUUUACCAUUGUAUUAUUUUCACUACAACGUCAUUGAUAAAAAGAUGUAGACAUUAGUACAUUACA